GAUUACCUUCUGAUCCCUUGUAAUUCACAGAACACUCUAGUUUCUUUAAUUCCCUUUCAGAUUUUGAAGAAGAGUUACUUCUUUCUCUUCCCAUCCUCUUGCCUCACAGAACACUCCAGUUUCUUUAAUUCCCUUUCAGAUUUUGAAGAAGAGUUCUUCUUUCUCUUCCCAUCCUCUUGCCCCCUUACCUCUUUUCUAGUCUUCAUUUUUCUGAGGAGUGCCAAGAUCUCAGCCUCAAAGCCCACUGUCAGGCAUGCCCAACCAGUUGUUGAAAGCUGACUUUCCUCACCAUGUCAUGCUGUAAGAGCAAUCCUUGCCCAUGUAAUUUUGCACCCAAAUACCCUCAGAUGUUGUUUAGUUGUAAGUUGUACUAUUUUGCUUAUUUUAGAGUGUUUUAAAUUUCCUGCUACAUUGAGAAGAACUAGUGCAACUUGUUUUGAUAUAUUUGAUAAUUUGAAAAAACAUGUACAAGUGGUUAACUUCAUAAGUAUAAGUUUGCUUUUGCACUCUUGAACACAUGUAGAUGGAAUAAAAGCUUGAGGGGCACUAUUGAAUAUCAUGAGGGAAAAUUAAAUUGUAGUUUGGUUUUGAAUGAAAAAGAAAAUUAGCUGCAUUUGCAGUAGAUUAAAAAAAAACGUUCAAUUUUGAUAUUGUUGGGAACUUUGUUACUAUAUAUUAAUGCCUGGAAGAAGACAGUUAGCCUAAUGAUCUAGGCAUACCUGUUUUGUAGCCAUGGGAGCAACAGGAGCACGAAGAAAAUGCACCCAAACUUGCACAAUUCAAGCUGGAAUUUUUGCAAUUGCUUAUUUUGUUAACAAGAAGAACAGGAGGACAGAUUCAACAAAGCUGUUAAUGCAUUGGAAUGUCUGUUAGAGACAGACUUUAUGCAGAAACAAAAAUAGAAGUUCAUGGAAGCUUGAGGGCUUCUUAAAAUUACUCCAUCCUCAUCCUUUAAUAGUCUCUUAGCUGUUUAUCAAUCCAAUCCCUCAGUCAUAGGAGCUGCUAAGUUAUUGAUUUGGUUAUUUGCAUAAUAUACAAUCAUGAACUGUUGGAUUUGUGUUAUAUUAGUAUAUAUCUUUUCCUUUUUCGAACUAAAUUUCCAUCAUUGCAGGACCCAAUAGAAAAAGGAGAUGGUAAAGGAGACCAAAAAUGAUCUGAAGAUCAAUCCAGGGAGGGUGAAGAGAACAAAACGAACAUUGCCUGAAAAUAUGGAGGUCUUCAAUGAACCUGAUAAUUUUCUGAUAACCAUGAGUGAAGUGCAAGAUACUCUACUAGAAGGAGAUUCAACUCUGCAAUCUCUGGUUGAUGGUAACUGAAAAGAAUGACAUAGAAACAACUGAAAGCCCUGCCAGUGUGAAUCCUGUUGCUGAAAGAAAUGGAAUUGAGAAAUAGAAUGAAGAAGAGGCCUGAUGCACUCGAAAAUAAGCUGCUAGAGAAAGGUGACCUCUCCAAAUCUGACCGAAAUAUCAUAUCAACUGAUAAACGCUCCAGUCCAGAAAAUGGUGAUGAGAUAUGUAAUGACUGGAGUACACCAGAAGUGUUUGGAUUUUCUGGUGAACAACAACUGGAUGUAUUGAAAAGUUAUUGUACCAAGGAAAAAAUAAUGCCAACCUCAUCAGAUUUAAUACAAAAACAGGAUAACUCACUGGAGGUUCAUGAAGACCAUAGUGACGCCUUAUCAACAGUUGUUGAUGAUGCCUCCACUGGUCAAUUUGCUGCAAAGGUUUCAGACAAUAGACCUGCAUCUGUAAAGGGAGUGUGGCAAAGGGAUUUGAAACCCACUAGCAAUGACGACAAAAUUUCAGAUACUAAAUCUGAUGAUCCUUCCUCCAAGCAGAUAGCAGAGAAAAACAAGAAGUUCAAAGAUGAGUUGGAGGCUCCACCAGAAAGAGCACCUCGAGGUGAUUUGAGGAAAAAGCUCCUCAUUCUUGAUAUAAAUGGGCUUCUUGCGGAUAUACAAUCUCAUACUCCAAAGGGGUAUAAGGCGGACAAAAGAAUUGCAAAAAGGGCAGAUCACCAAUGACCUUGUGGGGUGGCAUAAUGCUUUCUUGGGCAAAGGAGAAAGCCAGCCUAGAAUUCAGUUCCUUUUAGUACUCUUUGGUGCAUAUGAAGAGAAAGGAAUAGGUUCUUGAUGAUAAAAAACAUUUCUUCUUCAAGGUAGAACCCAUGUUCUGUACUUUAGUUUUAUGGGGGCAUCUUCUAUGAAGAGGGUAAUGCAUCCUAUGUAGACUUUGUAUGUGGUUGAGUCAUAGGUAAUUUUGCUCUGCAUUUUUUUCCUUUACUGUCUUGUUUUCGGGUUUUCCUGCAUAUGCCAUUUGUACUGUGACUGAGCUGUGUGGCUCCUCUUAAAGGAGUGAUCCUAUCUAUCUUUAAAACAAAGCAUACAAGAAAGAAGGCC